CACACUGUUUAACAUUGUGUUUAUAAAUUAUAUUAUUUGACAAAGUGAUGUAGAAUAUAUUUUGCAAGGGGGCUGUUUAUUGUCUGUCUGAAUAGCUACAUUUCGGCAACAAACUAACAAUGCCAAUUACUCAGCAUUUAAAAUGUUGACGUGUUCCCUUUCAUUGUUGAAAGCUUGAAAGUUUGUUGAAACCUUAGUAGAUCUCAUUCUGUUUGAUUAACGUGAAUGAAGAGACAAAGUGCAUGCAAAUGAAGGAACUAUAAAAAGACAACAAGAGGCAGAGAAAGGGCAGAUAUAAAUAAACUUUAAAAUGUCGAUUUUUUAAAAAUAAAGUCUUACUCAAAUUUAAUUAGGCUUAGUGUUUUUCAUUUUUAAAUGUAGUUCACCUUAAAUAUAUGUAAACAUAAAAAAAACUUACAUACAAAUUGCUGUUAUAUUUGGCCAUUUUGGUGUGCACUUCAAAUAAUUAGCAUUUUAAAAUAAUAUUUGCAAUACUUUAUUGCUUUAUUUCACUUUAACAAGAUAGAUUUACGACAAAAUUCUAAAAGAAGUAGUUUAUUCAUCUAGAUUUGACUUCAAAUUGUUACUAAGAUAAGGGUGUGCCUUGACCUAGUUAUGUACAAAGAUGGAUUCCAAAAAUCAUAGGGAGAAAAUCCAAACUUUUUAUCUUCCUUCUUCACAAAUCCUUAAAAUGUUGGCAAACAUUAUACCACACUGAUAUAGUCCAUAAAGAGAUGCCGAAAUCAAGUGAAAAAAUAUCCCUUUUGGAACAAAGGAAACCCAUAAUGGCCAUUUGAUUCCAUUGCAGAAUAAUGGCUGCCUGUGCGCUUGGCCUCUCCUGCUGUCUGGUAGAGGAUGUUUCAGGGCUGCUUCUGUUAACACCAGUCAAAAUGGUAGCUUCAAUCUGAUUGGCCGGGGGAACCAACUGCCUUAACCAGCCAAUUGCUCUAGCACAGGGAAAUCCCAGACAUUGAUCACAAUGGAUCACACGUUUACAAAAAUAAAACAAAUACAGAAAAUCUAAUGUUUUACUAAGACACUUUACGCAAAAUGGAAGUUGCAUUCUGAUUGGCUAUUUCAGUGUCGUUUUUUAAAUAAGUAAACGAAAGCCACUGUUCUACACGCACGUUUAGCGUUUUAAAAUGUGAAUUGUAACCCAGCAAAAAAAAAAACUGUGGGCAUGUUGGAAUGAAAAAAAAAGAGCCGAAAUGCAAGCCAUGUUAGAGGGGAAUGCAGUUAGACUGUUACUGUCUCCAAAACUUGAGGCUCCUGUCCAUCUUGUUUUGAGGCACCGCCUGUAGGGUAAAUGUACCCGGCAGAUUCAAAGCUUCGUAAAGUCCCAUUUUUUUUUUCUUAAAUUGAUAGACAAGACGAAAUACUUUUUUUUCGGGCGUAUUUUAAAAUCCCUUUGUCCUUUCUUCAGUAUUUGUUAGGGGCGGCGCAGCUGCGUCUGCGUUUUUGGAGAGGUUUGCGUGUGGUGAAUGUGCAUUCCGAACGAAGGGUUAGCUUGCAGAAAGGCUGAUAGCGGUGUAUUGUGGGAGUCGUAUAUCGGCGAGCAGGGCCACACAAUAUGUGUUGGCUCGCAAAAAAGGAGGCAGGAUUCUUUAAAACCAUGUAAUGCAGUCGGGGGGAAUGUAAACGGUCUCGCCGUUCUGGUAGGAAAAAAAGACGAUUAGAAUAAGCAACACAAUGUCUAGACCUGGCGAAAGAUCCAGGUUAAAUGAAGAGCACAGAAAACAGCCGAGUUCAAGUUUGGCGAACGGAAUGGAGCACAGCCACCCGGUCGGCGGCUCUGGAGAGAAGCGAAGUCACCACUGGCGAAGUUACAAGUUGAUAAUUGACCCCGCGUUGAAAAAGGGACCGCAUAAGCUCUACCGCUACGAUGGAGUACAGUUUAGCAUGCCCAAUCCAGGAAUGCCACCAGUUGAUUCUGUGAGGGAUCCCCGCAUUGGUCGGAUUUGGACCAAAUACAAGGAAACGGACCUGCCAGUCCCUAAAUUUAAGAUCGAUGACUGUUACGUUGGACCAGUCCCGCCCAAGGAGGUUACUUUUGCGAAGUUAAACGAUAACAUUAGAGAAGGUUUUCUGUCUGACAUGUGCAAGAGAUUCGGAGAGAUCGAGCAAGUGGAAAUUUUGUACAAUCCAAUAAAUAAGAAGCACCUGGGCAUCGCGAAAGUGCUCUUUGUCUCGGUUAAAGGAGCGAAAGAUGCCGUGCAGAACCUGCACAAGACUUCAGUCAUGGGCAACAUCAUCCACGUGGAGCUGGAUACGAAAGGUGAAAAUCGCAUGCGGUACUUCGAGCUCCUGGUCAGUGGACUCUACACCCCUCGCACGCUCCCUGUGGGGAACGAGCCUGUCCAAGAGGACUCUCCCCCAGGUGUCAGUGACCCCCCGCAGGCCAGCGACCCCGUGAAGCCUGCACUGCAGCGGUCCACAGAGAGCAGCACGGCGUCGGUGGGGAGCGCAGCCACCCCCACCAGCAGCAGCACUCCCUUCUCCGUGGACACGGCCUACUCCAGCCGGCAGGACACGCCAAACUCCUACAGCCAGUUCACGCCGCAGUCCCAGGGGACGCCUCACACCCCCCGCAUCAGUGGGACGCCCUUCUCACAGGACUCCGGCUACUCCAGCAGGCAGACCCCUUCGUACCACUACGGGUCCGACAAGCCCAGGAGGCACGAAACCAAAUUCCAGGAUGCCUACAACCGCCGGCCCGAGCGCCACUACGUCCACAACACGACGGGAGCCUACCGGAGUUCAGAGCAGAAUGCUUCUUCAUUUUCUUCAUCAUCAUCUUCGUUCACCAGCAACUUCAAGCCCCAUCCGCCACCAGCAGAGCCCACUGCAGCUUACUCCCACCCACCAGCCACCAGUCACACGAGUAACUACAAGUCAGCCUUUUCUCCUUAUCAGGCACCCCCGCUUCCUCCUGUGUACCCCCACGCUGUGGAUCAGCUAUUCCCACAGACUUCCAGUAGCAUAGGAGAGUACAGGAGGCCUGCCCCCCCUCCUGCAGAGCCCUUUGCUCUUGGCAGCAGCAGCAGGGUUGACUUUGUACCGGUCAAGGAGAAGCCGAAUACGCCUCCCCUUCCCGACACCCCGUUGGUGGGCGAGCAGCCCAGCUCGACCUCUGUAAAUCGGACCCCCGAGAGGAGCGAGACUCCCGGCACCCCGACUCUGGAGUCGCAGAUACAGCACAACAGCCUGGAUUCGCGCAUCGAGAUGCUCCUGAAAGAGCAGAGGACCAAGCUGCCCUUCCUCAGCGAGCGCGAUUCGGACAACGAGGUUCGCAUGGAGGGCAGCCCCGUCUCCUCCUCUUCCUCUCAACUUUCCCCCAUCCCCCCUUACAGCAACUCACAGCCCAGCUACCAGGGCACUUCCCCCGUCUCGCGCCCCUCCAGCGCGGGCCUGGAAGACAUCAGCCCCACCCCCCUGCCCGAUUCGGAUGAGGACGAGUCCAUCCCCGGCACAGCUGCCCUCCUUCACAACUCCAGAGCCGUGUCGGAGGCCAGCGUCACCCCCGUCGACCAGCUGGGCACCUCGGAGCUGAAGGAGCCUGUAUCUGGAGAACAGACGCCCACUUCUGAGAAGAUGGAGGAGGUGCAGAUCAAAACCACUGUGGCCUCCCAAUCAGAUACCAACCCCCCUGUGAAUACUCCCAUGUCAUUCAAACAGGUCCAUCGGGUUUACAAUUAG